AUGGAAAUAAGCAAUCGGUUUGCACUGUUUGCUUCUCCCUCUGUGAAUGAGACGUCGGAAGAACUUGUUUUCAAUAUUAGUAAUUCAUCGAAUAAAAAUGUCCAACAAGUUCAUCACAAGCCGCAAAAAUUGCAGAAUGGGCAACCAGAGCAACAACCAAAGUCUCAAUGGGAUAUACCUGAAUAUGUCGAAAAACCUAUUCCAUGUGUACCGAUAGUAACUGAGUCAGUACAAGUACGUACAUUCGUUCCACAUAAGAAAAAAACAUCAUCUAAAAACGCUAUCCAACGUGAAGAGGAGGAAGAUCGAACUACCGAUGAAAUUUCAACGAAAGAUGAACCAAUUCAGUGGACAUAUCAUCCACCACAACCUCAUAAGUUCAAGCAAACACCCUCAAAGCAUUCGAAUCAGACGGCGUCGAAAUUUCCUCGCAAAACGAAUAAUCCGCCAAAACAAACACCGUCAAGAGGUAAUACUAAAUCAUGCAUGCAUAAAAUUUAA